UGACAACUUAAAUACUCUUAGCAAUCAUGUAUUCAAUUUUGUUUAUCAAUUACAUUGUCGUGAUCGUGUUGGCAUAUGCAACAAUUGAUUGCAAUGCCGCUCUUAUGGAUCAUCGAAUUGUCCAUGGUGAAAAUGCACGGAUUGAACAGUAUCCUUAUCAAGUGUAUAUUCUUAGAGUGAAAUCAGACUAUCAAUGUGGAGGAGCUCUCAUUUCCUCCAGUGUCGUCUUAACAGCUGCACAUUGUUAUCCACCAAACGAUCAACAAGGAACAGUUCGAGCGGGCUCAACUAAUAGAAAACAGGGUGGUCAAGUACGACAAAUAAAAAGAGGAAUUUUGCAUUCCCAAUAUAGUGGAGCAAAUUUGCAAAAUGAUAUUGCAGUAUUAUUCGUUGAUCGACCUUUUCAAUUGACGUCAAGUGUCAAGCCAAUUCGAUUACCUGUAGGAGAAAAUGAUAACCCUCGUGUAGGUGACAUUGGAGUUACUACAGGUUGGGGAUAUUUAGGAAGCAGCGAAAAUGUACCUCAUACAUUAAGACAAGUAAAAUUACCAGUAAUGGAUCAGAAAAUAUGCCAACAACAACAAAAUAAAUUUCUAAUAAUACCGAUUACAGCAAACAAAUUAUGCGCUGGGUACUUAUAUAAUGCUAAAGCUAUUUGCCAAGGUGAUUCUGGCGGACCAUAUGUUGUUAAUGGCGUAUUGCAUGGUAUUACAUCACAUAAUUCAGGACCGUCUAACUGUGGUAAAGCCGGGGUUCCUAGCGUUUUUACAAGAGUCUCAUCUUACCGAACAUGGAUUCGUAAUACAGUUCAAAUUUAAACUUAAAAAUUCCAGUUUCCUGUAUUACUAAAGUUGACGAAAUAAAUUUUUAAUAUAACUCGCAUUAAAAAUUAUGAUAAUUU